AUGAGGAAGAAUGCAUUUCACAAUUUGAGUAUUGUUGAUGGAAGCUUUCGCACUUGUCCCUCAGAUGAUGAAUGGGAUAAGGCCUGGAAGAUAGCAAAGUUUUUGAAGCCAUUUUAUGACAUCACCACUCUCUUUUUAGGCACUCAAUACUUUACUGCCAACUUAUACUUUCAUGGUGUAUGGAAAAUUCAUUUGCGUAUUUUAGAAGAUAUGAAAGAUGAUAAUAUAGUAAUUAGUGACAUGGCAAAAACCAUGAAAGAAAAAUUUGAUAAAUAUUGGGACUGUUACAACAUUGUGCUAUCAUUUGUUGUAAUUUUAGGUCCUCGAUAUAAGUUGCAGUUUGUAGAGUUCAGUUAUAGACAACUUUAUGGCACUAAUGGGACAAAAAUGGUGAUGGAUCUUCGUGACAAGUUAUAUUCCCUUUUCGAUGGAUAUUUACACGCUACUAAUUAUGAAGCACACAAUAUGGUUGAAAAUGCAUCUAGUAGUGGUGCUAAUGAGAAGGUGAGAGAUGCUGAUAUUGCUGGUUUUGAUACAUUUGAGAGUCAAAUUUCUGGUUCAAUCGAUAGUAAGUCACAAUUAGAUAUGUAUUUGGAAGAGACCCAAUUUGACCAUAACACUCAUAUGGACUUGGAAAUUCUUCAAUAUUGGGAAUCAAAUUGUGGUCACUUUUUGGAACUUUCACUAAUAGGUCGUGACAUUAUGAGUAUUCCUAUCACUACUUUUGCCUCAGAGUCUGCAUUUAGCAUUGGUGGUUGA